CGUCCUGCCCCUUUUAGGCUAUAGCAUUGUCUGUGACCAAAACACAACAUCUGACAUCUCUUAUUAAAGAUGGGGGAGAGGUUGCAAAGUCACAAAAGCUUUGUUUGUGCUUUUUUUGAUUGUAAAGCUCUGUUCAGUAAGUCAUGGAAGCUUGAGGCUCAUCUUUGCAAACACACAGGAUUGAAAACCUUCUCAUGUGAGAACUGUGACAAGAGCUUCAGCGCUCGCUAUCAACUCACCAGACAUGAGCUCAAUCACAGUGGAGAAAAACCACACAAGUGUAUGGCUGAUGGAUGCUCCAAAGGCUUUGUCACAAACACUAGCAUGAAGAACCACAUGGCUCGAGUUCACCAGCACAAGAAGAAGCAAUAUCGAUGCGACCAUAAGGGCUGUGGUAAAGAAUUCAGCAAGAGGAACCAGCUGAAAGCCCAUUUGUGUGAACACCUAGGGAUUCUGCCAUUUCAUUGUACUGCCAGUGGCUGCACAAGAGAAUUUCCCUCUUUCAGAAAGCUGAAGCAUCAUCAGAAAGUACACGAAGGUUACCCUUGUGAGACGGAAGCGUGUCCUUUUCAGGGAAAGACGUGGAACCAACAUCUGAAGCACAGAAAAGAACAUAAAGUGAAGGUGCUUUGUGCAGAGUGCAACAAGCUGUUUAACAACGCCUGGUUCAGACAGCAGCACCAGCUGCGCGUGCACUCAGAGGACAAGAGGAUGCUUUCGUGCAACAGGAACGGCUGUGAUAAGACGUUCAGUCGUCGCUUUAACCUGGAGAGUCAUGUUCUAGGAGAGCAUGAGGGCAAGAAGCCCUACAGCUGUUUGUACGCCGGCUGUGGGAAGAGCUUCGCCAUGAAGGAAAGCCUGUGGCGACAUGGAGUGGUGCAUGACCCAGCAAAGAGAAAGCUGAAGAGACUGCGUCCGAACAAGAACCAGCCCUGGCGUGUUUUAAAGCGGCUCAGAAAGGCAGUUUAUCAAGCAGAGACCACCAAGCUCACUGCGAAGCUGCGCAACACAACUCUACAAGACAAACCCUAAAACCAACUGAGGCUUCAUUAUAUAAACAUCUGCUUGCACGUGUUCACAUGAUUUUCUGUUGGAAAUGUGAAAAUAAAGCCUCCUUAUUUCAGCACUA